GAAGGGAUCCAUCCAUGGCUUUAACCAGCCGGUGCCGGCUCCGAGGUCGCAAGAUCGCCACGGAAACGGAGUGCGGCAACACAAUGUCGUCCCGCUCGGACAGUGGGAGCGGUGAGGACUCGUUGGACCGGCUCCUGCCCCCCGCCGUGGCCCCUCGCAGGAAAAGUGCUACCUCACUCAGCAAAAGCGAACCUCCUCUGCUGCGCACGGGCACACGCACCAUCUACACCGCCGGACGCCCUCCCUGGUAUGACGAGCACGGCGCGCAGUCAAAGGAGGCCUUUGUCAUUGGGUUGUGUGGGGGCAGCGCCUCAGGGAAGACCACCGUGGCCAAUAAGAUCAUCGAGGCUCUGGAUGUGCCGUGGGUUGUGCUGUUGUCUAUGGAUUCUUUCUACAAGGUGUUAUCUCCUGACGAGCAGGCUUUGGCAGCGAGUAACGACUACAACUUCGACCAUCCGGGGGCAUUUGACUUUGAGCUGCUAGUUGCCACCCUGCGAAAGCUGAAGCAGGGCAAGAGCGUGAAGAUCCCGGUGUACGAUUUCACCACGCACGGAAGACAGAAAGACUGGAAAAAUGUGUACGGUGCAAGCGUAAUCAUAUUUGAAGGAAUUAUGUCCUUUGCGGACAAAGAGCUCCUUCAGCUCCUGGAUAUGAAAAUCUUUGUGGACACAGACUCAGACAUCCGGCUGGUUCGCCGGCUCCGCAGGGACAUCACAGAGAGAGGACGAGACAUCGAAGGCGUCAUAAAGCAAUACAACAAGUUUGUGAAGCCGGCCUUUGAGCAGUACAUCGAGCCAACCAUGAGGCUGGCUGAUAUUGUUGUGCCAAGAGGUGGUGGGAAUAUGGUGGCCAUUGAUCUGAUAGUCCAGCACGUUCACAGCCAGCUGGAGGAGCGUGAGCUCAGUGUCAGGGCUCUCCUGGCCUCCGCUCAGCAGACUCAGCCUCUGCCUCAGACACUCAGUGUGUUGGAGAGUACGCCGCAGGUCAAAGGCCUGCACACCAUCAUCAGGAAUAAAGAAACCAGCCGAGACGAGUUUAUCUUCUACUCAAAGAGAUUAAUGCGGCUUCUCAUAGAGCACGCGCUGACGUUUCUGCCGUCUCAGACGUGUGUGGUCCAGACUCCACAGGGUCAUGAGUACGAGGGUCGCAGUUACAACGGUAAAGGGAUCACCGGUGUGUCGGUCCUGCGGGCGGGAGAGACCAUGGAGCCCGCCCUGAGGGCCGUGUGCAAGGACGUCCGCAUUGGCAAGAUCCUCAUUCAGACUAACCUUGACUCAGGCGAACCAGAGCUGCAUUACCUGCGUCUGCCCAAAGACAUCAGCGAAGAUCAUGUCAUCCUAAUGGACAGCACAGUCUCCACUGGCGCUGCUGCCAUGAUGGCAGUGCGAGUCUUAUUGGAUCACGAGGUGCAGGAGGAUAAGAUCGUGUUGGUGUCGCUGUUGAUGGCAGAGCUCGGCGUGCACUCUGUGGCCUACGCCUUCCCGGAGGUCAAAAUCAUCACCACCGCCGUGGACAAGAGUCUGGACGAUCUUUUACAUGUAAUUCCUGGUAUCGGUGACUUUGGAGACCGGUACUUUGGGACAGACGGGACAGACAGCUGGAGUGAUGAGGACCAGGAGCAGCCGUCAUACUGACACAAACAUCUGUGAGCCUCUGUGAAAGAAAAAUACUACUACUACUUGAAAACUCACGUUACUGUGCAUCUUCUCCUUCAGGCAUAAACCAGCAAAAACGACACACAAAAGCAAAACUGUUAUAUUCACUUUUGAGGUUUUGUACUCUGCAUGAGGGAUUUUUUGUUCAUCACCAAUAUUUUCAUACAGAGGUGAAACAGUGCCAUCGCCUUUGACGUACAAUAAUGCAAUACAAUAUUAUCAUACUUUAUUAUAUAAAGAUUUUAUCCAAGAUUGCACCAGCUGUUUGUGAAUCCUCUUCUUGGUAAUUACUGGAUAAUUUCAAACUAAUUUAUUUUAUUGGGUUGCACCAUUAAAACUUUACCAAAAAACUCAACAAUUACUUAAGUUACUUAAUUGGUUGCUAACAAACAUUUGUAACGCUGUCCAAUGCAAUAAACAGUGUAAACACACAAUCUACGCCAGUGUCAACAUGCAAACAUCACUCUUAGUUUAACGUGUUAGUAAGCUAUCACGUGCUAAUUUAAACAUGUGAUGGUGGUGAAUAAAGUUUUGCACGUUUUUUUUGUCUUAAAUUAAAAAUUUGAUCACUUAAAAGUGCAAAUUAAGGGUUCAGCUAGUUGCAGAAGCUGCUAAAAUUCAUCCUCAGGGGGACAUGAUCGUCAAAUUCCAUCUAAUAGUUCAUACUCUUGGUGUUGGCAAAGGAAUAAUCAGAGGAAAGUUAUUAAUAUCUGAUUGCGCUAACUCGGUCGCUGCAGUUUUGAUGUAUUUUGAGGUAUACUGUUAUUUUUGUGAACAGUAAUUAGAGAUCUUCAGUUUACAUCAGUUCACGUUGAUUGUCAGUUGGUAGCCAUGCUGCAGUGACACCUGGCAGUUAGUAAAUGUGUAAAUAUUUACUAAUAUAUCUACGUAAGAACUAGUUUGCAUGGUGCAGUGACAUAAAUCUUUCUUAGUAAACACGGUAAAACUUCCAAUUUGCGCCUAAGCUCAUGUAUUUGCAUUAUCUUCAAAGACACAGAGCUCAGCAGCACAUUUUCUGAAAACUAUAUAACUGAUGAUCUUUUAAAAAAAAGAGGUUUAGGAGGACCUUAACAUUGUUUUGAAGUUAUUUACAGAAUCAAAAAAAAUGUACCUUUUUUAAAUUCAGAAAUAGCAUCCUGGCUUUGUAAAACAACCAAAAUAUUAUGUUUUUAGUAACAUCAGUAUAUACCGAUAUAACUGAUAGUUACAUUUUUAAUUUUUUAAGAUUUGCCAUCAUUUUUUUCAAUUCGGAGUUUAAAGGAAUUAGUUUAAAAUCAUUAAAAUUGUGCAACAAGCGUGACUUUUUUUCAUCCAAAUUAAAGAAAUUUAUGUUAAUUUUUUCAGGACUCAGAUAUAAUGUUAAUACGUCAGAGGCACAAACAUGGAUCUGAUUAUAACUUAAGUUUGAAUUUAUGAACAGCUGGUGCAAGAAUACGUUCAGAUAUAGAUUCAUUCAUUCUUUAUGCUGCUCUAAUAACACAUUUUUUAUAUAUAUAUAUAUAUGUUAUGUGCUAGAUUAGUUAUCAGAAAUUUUAUAUUAAAGAAAUAUCACAAAGGGAAAUUAUAUGUUAUUUUAUAAUGUACAUAUUGUAGGUUUACACAUUCACAACAGGUGUGAGAUGCCUGUAAAUGUAUAAUAAAGUGUAAAGGGACACCUUGGAGAUAUUUUUCAGUCACUGCCUCUUUCUACGUCUCCCGAGGGUGGUUCAGACCGUCAGUGCGAGGUCACGGCCGGUCACAUGCUCACUUCAGAGUAUUUUCCACGGUCCUGUGACUCUCAGGGUUCAGAUACAGGCCGCCUGGCUCCAUCUGUGAUACACCUUGAAGCCUGAUGGGGUCAGUGUAGCUCACAUUUAGCCUCUCACGGUUGUGAUUUAUAGUGCGUUCCCUUUGAGAAAUCAGUGUCUCUUUACAGAACAGAAGAAAUGCACACAGACUCACCUGAACCACUUCCAUCGCACAAGUUUUAUUUUU